AAAAAAAAAACAAAACCCUAAAAAUCUCAUCAGAUCCACUCUCUCACUCUAUCGAAUUCUCUCGCUCACCUCAUCCCUCUUUAAAGCCGCUGCCCACUGCUCAGAGAGUGGACGACGCCGGUGAUUCGCUGCCCAGCGAUUUGACGACGACGGAGACGGCUUCUCCUCCCUAAGUCGCCGACGGCAUCUUCACCAGCGACGGAAGCGACACAGCUCCUCCCUCCCCAACGACGACACAUCUUCUCCCUCGCAAACGGCAGCAACUCAGUUUAGAAGAUCACAAUGGGUCGGAAAGUUGGUACUCUUCGAAUUAAUCCCAAGAAAUUCGGCUCUCUUCACAAACCCUGCAUGAAGGAGAUGAUGACAUUUCUCAACUGCUUGGCACUUAAUCACAACAGUGAUGAGAAGUGUGUCCGAAAUAAGGAACUUCUAAAUACUUGUAUGGAUGCUCAGAACAACAACAGAAAGCCAUGGGGAAGCAUUAAUUACCAUAUGCAAAGGCUUAGUAGGGGAAAGAAGUAAUUUUGGAUUUUCUAUGUGGCAAAUUUCAACUAAUUUAUGGUUCUUAGAAGUCAUCAUUUACAGACAUAAAGAAUUAUCUUUUUGUUUUUUGCACCUAGAUGGAUAUUCUUUUUUUUUUCUUAUUAAAUAUCUUCCAUUUCCAUUUCGAGGAAAUGUGCUAAAAAGAUCUCAAAUUUUCAGUCCUUCGACUAAUGGUUCUUAUGAGUUUUUGAAUAAAUUGUAAAACAGAGUAUAUGCUGAUUAUAGAGUGAAGUUGUUUCUUAAGAAGUUUAUGUGAA